AUGCAGACGCUGACUACACUAGAAAUUUCAUGGAAUCGAAUUUUAAGUCAAGGGGCACAACAUUUAGCUGACUCAUUAAAACAUAAUAAGAUUGUAACAGUAAAUAAUGUUUAUGCACAAUGUAUGUAUUUAAAUGUUCCUAGUAAUUGGAAUAAAACUAAUUUAACAACAUGCACACAAACUAUUGAAAUAUUUGUUAAACGUUAUUCUCUAUUAGGGUAUGAAAAUAUGUCUCAUCAUUUAUGGAGAAUACCAGGUGGUGGUGGUAUUCCUGUGUCAACGCUAGAAUUUGAGACUGUUCGUGUUGUUAGUGCAUUAAAUGGUUCAAUAUCAGUAUAUGUUACAGAUAAACAAGGUGUUGCUUGUUUACCAUAUAUUAGAGAAAAUGAAUAUCGUUUAAAACAAAAGAUAUUUACAAAUACAGCAUUUGAUUUAGAAUAUAUUCUUAAAGUAAUUAUUGAUAAUAAUCGUCAAUAUUUAAAUUCAAAUCAAUGUGUUAUAUUAAAGGGAUCAAGUCAAAGUACUUAUCUAUUACAAAGAUAUAUUCAUAUAACGGAAGAUAAUGAACAAGUUGAUGAAGUGAUACUUGAUUCAAUUUUACUAACUGAUAUAACACGAUUAAUUCAUCGUGAUAAAUAUUUAAAUUAUAUUUUUUUGGAUUUAUUUACACGUUGUUCACAAGAUGACUAUGGUUGUGCACAAUAUUUUGAAGAUAAUCAUCCAAGGCGCGCACUUUAUACAUAUAAAAUGAAUGCAGAUUUUCAAACAAAUUCAUCUUGUCUUUUUUUUUUAUUAAAAAUAACAACAGAAGAUAUUGCUAAAAAAAUCAUUAAUGAUACAUUUACAUCAACACAUGUUAUGUCUGAUAUUUAUUGUCGAAUUCAACAAACUCAAAUAUUAGUAUAUCCAACCAAAAAGACUAAAUUACCUGUUUUAUUAUUACAUGGUAUCUAG